CCUACGCCUAGGUCAAUUAAAAAACUGAAAGUCGAUCUACUACUCUACUCUACUAGUGCAGUUAAGCAUACACAAGCGAUUCGCAUCUGACGCUGCAAGCCCAGCUGAGCCAACUCCACCAACUCGGAUAAAAAGAGAUGGGUAUAAUAGCAGGGAUUGGGGUGAUCUUGCCAUUCCCAUUCUAUUACUACCUCUGGAACAAUCCACAAAAAUGGGUUGAUUUAUGCUCCAAAUCAGGCAGAGACCCCUCUACUGUCAUGGCUUCUGUCUCUCAUUUCUUGAAGCUUCUUCAGUUCAUUGCUCUCUUCUCCGUCUCCACUCUUUCCUGGCCUCCCCCUCUUUACUUCUGGCCCCUUUUUUUCUUUGGCCAGUUCCUCAAUUUCAGGGUCUAUCAGUUGCUUGGUGAAGCAGGGACCUAUUAUGGUGUGAGAUUCGGCAAAAACAUUCCAUGGGUGACAGAAUUUCCCUUUGGAGUGAUUAGUGAUCCUCAGUAUGUCGGUAGCAUCAUGAGUCUUCUUGCUUGUCUAUCUUGGGUUCCCUUUGUAUACAUUCUUCUAUGGAUACUGGGAUACAUUUUCAUGAUCAAAGUUGAGUCUACUGAAGAUCCAGCUACUCGUGCCAAGCCAAUAUCCUGAAUCAUUCUCUGAGAAUGUUAAUCAGCAAGCGGAUAACCUAGUUUUGUAGUGUUACAAACUUUUUAUUUGUGCCAACAAUUAGAACAGUUUUACGAGUUGUCUGUUGUUACUCUCUGAAUACUUCGUUGUUAAUUUAAAGCUUAGGCAGGUAAUAUAUAUUUUGGCACAAGGCUAACCUGGGUUCCCCCACAAUGAGUUCGUUGACGAGUC